AAUGGUCGACUUGAAGCAACAACUCCAAUGGAUUGACUACUUGGGUGUGGUUGCCGUGUGGCUCUGCUUCUUCGGUGCCAUUUUAGUGAUUUCCAUCACCUGCAUCCUGUGGUGCUGCGUAUCGAAAGACGACGAUCCAACUGUGUUUGCCAAGUACGGAUUCGGACCACAGCCACGCAUUCCAUCUCAGAGGUUGGCAGCUCAAGAGGCCAAGGCUGAAUAACUUGCUUCUCACCUCUUCUGCUCAUCUAACACCGUUUUCCCCCCAUCUUCAAAUAGAUUCUUUACCCUAUGUAGUUGUGUAACUUAUGUUUCGAUCAAAGUUGGAGGUGGAUAAAGAUUUCUAGAUCAAAAUCAAGACCAAGAUCAUCGAAAAUGGUUCAUGUCGAUCGCCUUCUCUCCUCAUUCCUUUUUUAUUUUUUAUUUUCAAUUUAAAGUUCAUCUCUGAAUCAAAACUAACAAACAAUUUUUUGUAUUGAUUUCUAUGCAAUUAACGUUUUACAAUUAUAGUGUUUGAAUUCUUCAUUUACCCAUCACCAUCUCUCGUUUUUUUUUAAUGAAUACAUAGUUUUUUCUG